UUGCGGUCUUAAUGUUGGAAGUGACAGCAACAAACCUGUUUGUACAACACUACCAAGCUUAAUCAAAUCAGACUAGACAAUUUGUCUCGGGAUUAACUUCUGGUUCUGACAACUUCCACGUGGAUCACGUAAUGUUAAAUUAGAAUAUCCUUGACGUUGGUUUUUCUAGACGUCUUGCUGACCAAGAGUUUAGUCGGAUUGGACCAAGUACUUCGUGGAUUUCUCAAGAUUUAAUGUCAGAUUCCAAUGGCUGAAUAUCAAGUUUCCAUGACAAAACAUCAGAUUUCGAUAUCAAUAAACAUUAAAUUCCACUGUAAAAACGUUUCAUUCCACUGACUUAACAUUAGAUUCUAGUGUUUGAAAUUGGGAUUCAUUGGCUAAAUGGCAGAUUUUGCUGGUGAAACAUUGGAUUAAACUGGCUUGUGAAGGCAUAAACUAAACAUUGGAUUUCACAGAUUAUAGGUCGUCUUUUGCCGACAAGAUUUUUUCCCCAUGGAUACGACAUCUCAAAUUUACAUCUCCCUCGAGGUUAUCAUCGGUGUGGCAGCCGUGGCGGGAAACGGCCUCGUUCUGGUGGCCAUUAGGCUGACCCCAAGUCUUCAAACUGUCACAAACUGCUUUAUAGCCAGUCUUGCCUUUGCAGAUUUACUUGUGGGAAUAAUGGUGGCACCGCUUGCGGCCCUGAGUUACCAGGGACUGCCACGAGAUUUCAUGGGAUGCGUUUUCAUCAACUCGCUAGUUGUAAUGUUUACACAAAUUUCUAUCUUCAAUCUAGUGGCCGUGGCGGUUGAGAGAUUUAUCGCCAUUAACUAUCCGUUUUUCUACCAGCGCCACCUGACCGUACGUGUGGCUCUCUACAUUGUGGCAUUAACAUGGGUGGCAGCCAUUUUGAUCGGACUAACACCCGUGUUCGGCUGGAAUCUCGGACCCACAGUCAAUAAUGUGUGUGCUUUUGUGUUCGUUAUUGACAUGGCCUAUAUGGUGUAUUUCAACUUCUUUGGAUUUGUGUUAAUACCGUUAUUCAUUAUGUUCGUAUUGUAUUCAUACAUAUUCUACAUUGUCAGGAAACAUAUGGCCAAAAUCGCGGCCCUCGAAAUCGUGCAGGAAUCUGAAGGACGUCAAAAACAGCGACAAUUCAGGAAGGAAGUGAAGGCAGCGAAAUCCUUGGCUAUUGUGAUCGGAGUUUUUGUGAUUUGUUGGCUGCCAAUCCACAUCUUGAACUCAAUAACACUACUGUGUAAGGACUGUUCUUAUCCCAUGGAACUUCUCCUGGCAGCCAUCUUGCUUAGCCAUGCCAACUCCACCGUGAAUCCAUUUUUGUACGCGAUAGGCAACAGCAAAUAUCAGAUCGCCUUUAGAAAGAUGUGUUGUCAAAGGUGUUUUCCGAUUUCUAACAAUAUGACAUUCAGUGACGAGUACAACACUGGAGCCCAUCCGAGUCGCAGCCAUAAGAACAAAUCAACGUCUGUUCUCCACCCUAAAGGGGUCAGUAAUGGUCAUUCACCAGCGAAGAAAAUAACUACCAUCCCAGAAAAUGUACGAUCACCGACGGCAAACAGUCCAAAUGACGUUUUUUAUAUAAAAUAACAAUUCCACAAAAAAUACUCUAUUUUCAGAACCCUUAUAAUUUUAAAUAGCUUCAAAACUAGAAUCUAUAUGUAUCAUGACUUCCUGAAUUUGGCCCAAACAUUUCAAAAUUGAUCACUUUGAAGCAGGUCAAACAUUUGCCAAAAAGUAUAUCAGUUCCAUCACCUUCGACUUGAGCUUGUGAAUAAAUGCAAAAAGAUAUAUUGGUUAGCUAAUGUAUGAGGUUAAAAGCCUAAAAUAUACCCGGGUAUAUAGGGUUUCUACAGGGACUUUACUGAACAUCACAGAACUUGAAUACCGAUUUAACCAGUUAUCAGACAUAGAAUUCUUUGAAACUUUUCCUGUACACUUGUGAAAUCCAAUCAUUGGUGCCAUGCUGUUGUGUCCCAGAGGAAUUAAAUUAGCAUUGCCGAAAUCUACCCAGCUGUAUACAAAGACAUUCUGAAAAUGUAUCUGGGGGAAGAAAAUGUUGAUGGACCAGUGACAUAUUAAGCACUAGAUGUUCUGACUAGUUCAGUGUAUAAAAAAACAACCUUUUUUUACAUAAUUAUGAAUAUAUAUGUUUUGUAAAAUACAGAGAAUAAAACUUAAAUGUAUGGGAUAAACACCAGUUAAUACAUUUUUAAACCAUUUACCAGGUAGAAAAUGUAUUAAUUGCCUAAUACAUUGAGUUAUCAAGAUUCUAUAUUUUUGCUAUGAAAGUCUGAAGAUAUAUGUUGAGUACAAUAUAGGGUAUGUGUAUUUGAACUAUAAAAAAAAUAGCAUGCUCCAGUUAACUAAUUAUGUAUGCUAACUUAAAAGAAAUUCCUUGACUGAAGUUUAUCAUAAAAAAUAUUUUUGGAUUGAAGAAAAAGAAAAGAAAUGAAAUUAAAGUGAAGGAAUUUUUCCUAUAGAAAAUUUUAAGUUAAGGAAUUAAGGAAAGUUUGUGAAACUGGAGUGUGUAGCGCUAAGUCAUGAUGAGUGUGAGAAUAUAGGUGCGCUCAUUAUAGUUUGUUUAUGGUACUUGUAAAAUAUGAUUGACUUGAUUUUAUUUUUUCGUGUGAUUGUGUGAAUAUAAUUGUAUUACGUGUCUGUCACAAUUUAAAAAUACUCAUCCUUACCGUCCAGAGAUUUCAAUAUAAUUUGUAAAAAAAAAUCCAAUUUUACACACAAGAUUGACGUUUACAAAUACAUAAUGCUAACAUGAUUAUUUUUUUUUAUCAAAUUAUAAAUAUUUUCAAAAGUAUGUGUACAUAUUAGUGGGCUGGUUUUCACCGAGACGUAUUUGUAUAUAAGUUGUAUCUUUUGUAAAAUUAUACUGUGGCUUCAUAUUAUUUUAAAAUUUCAUUUCUUAUAUAAAUAUUUGCUUUUAACAUGACAAUCAUUCGACAAGUUUGGAGACAACCAAAUGUGAUAAUUUCAAAUAGUUGGAUAUUCUGUCAGUAGAAAAUUAUCAAUCUUUUUUUAAAUUUCAAAAUAUUUGAUUUAUUAUCAAAUACAAUAUUGCUCUCAACAAUCAUGUAAUAAAAAUUAAUUCUGAACAGUUUAAUGCUUUAUCCUAAUUGUUCUAAUCUACCUAGCUGUACACAUAUGUAUAAUACAUGUGCACUAGGAAUAGAUACUAGGAAUGACCGAUGUCCUUCCAGGUAACCUCAUAUCCUGUAAUUAAAUUUGAUUGACAACCCUGGAAAGCUCUACCUUUUCGACUCUUGACUGAGAAAGGCGUAAAUUUUAACAUUGUUUAUGAACAAUUUAUUACUGAGUUUGUUACGAUUGGUUGUUCUUCUAAUGCUUUCACAUGAAAUGUGAGUCACCCUUAUGGAGACCAACACUACUGGUAAAUAUGACGUCAUAGUCUCUGUAUGACAUCAACUUUUAUUGUAAUAUCAUUCUUAUAAGAAAAAAUAAAUUUGCACAUAUC